CCCAGGGGUGGGGUAGCGGAGGCCCAGGAGGAGGGGGAAAAAAGAAGGUGGAGGAUCCUGGCUACUAAUCUGAAUCCGAUACCGAUUCUCUGAGACCUCAGAGACACAGAAAAGACAGAAGGGUGCCUCAUCCCCCUUCCUCCCCUCCUCCCUCUCUUCAGCCUUAGCCAUGGCGGAGGCAGGGGCCGGGCUGAGUGAGACCGUCACUGAGACAACGGUUACCGUGACAACCGAGCCCGAGAACCGGAGCCUAACCAUCAAACUUCGGAAACGGAAGCCAGAGAAAAAGGUGGAAUGGACGAGUGACACUGUGGACAACGAACACAUGGGCCGCCGCUCAUCAAAAUGCUGCUGUAUUUAUGAGAAACCUCGGGCCUUUGGCGAGAGCUCCACGGAGAGUGAUGAUGAGGAAGAGGAGGGCUGUGGUCAUACACACUGUGUACGGGGCCACCGCAAAGGACAGCGUCAUGCAACCCCGGGACCAAGCCCCACCACCCCUCCCCAGCCUCCUGACCCCUCCCAGCCCCCUCCAGGGCCAAUGCAGCACUAAAUUCCUCUCUCCCCCACCAUUCCUGUGUCUGUCUGGCCCUGAAUGUAUUCAUGUGGCUACUCGGGGACUAAACCCAUGGUUUGAUCCCUUCUCCAGCCCCCUCCUCCCCUCUCCUCUGCCUGAUAGAGGGAAGAGGGGGAGGAGGGUGGACAGAGAUCCUGGAAUUCUGACUUGCUGCUAUUCCAGAACCCAAGCAUCUGGGUUCCCCCAGCCCUCAUUUCUGCCUCCUCUCUUCAGGGAUCCAGGCAUCUUGGUCCCAGUCUUUUCCCUUUGUUCUCACUGCCAAACUACCUGUCCUGUGAUCUAAUUAUCUAGGCCCCUUGCACUCUCUACUUGAGUUCCAAACAGUUAAAUUGGGUUUCCAACAGCCCCAGCUUUCACUGCCAGGGUCCUAGUCAGAUUCCAGGCAAUCUUGCCCCCGCUAUGCUUGUUAAUCCUGGCUUAGAGCUUUUCCACUAAUGUAUUUAUGUCAUCCUAACUCUUAGUCCUUGCCUGUGGGAUGUGAGGUCUUAUGUGAGACCUCAGGGCUCCUAGCCCUUUCCCUCCUCUCCUGCCCACUCCCGUCAUGCCCUUAAGAGGAGUUAGGAGAGAGAGAGGUCUUUGUCAUUCUCACCUUGGGAGAAUGGGAAAUGGAAAAAGAAAUAAUCAUGUCCUCUCCCCUCUCUCUUCUCGUGUGACCUAGGGUUUCUGACAAAGCUGGCUUCAAGACUGGUCACUUAGAGCUAGCUAUCUACUCAGCUUUUGGUCUUCCAGCUUAGGAGACAGAUCCAACACGGUCCCAGGGGCCUGGGUCCCUGGGAGAGGAAGGAACAGGGAGGGAGCAAAGAGAUGCACUCUCACCCCUUCCUUCCUAGGCUUUGAUGUCUCUGCCAGCCCAGAUGUCCUGGCCUUCCCCACCCCUUACUGGGAUCUGGAUAUCAUUUUCCAGGCCUCUUGCCAUGCACAGUUGCAGAGAUCAGUCAAAUCCAUACCACCACUGAGAUCUCAUUUAUUGCCACAGAUGCACAAAAUAAAUAACCCAACAUCACAAAA